AUGAGAGAAGACCUUGACCUCCCUGCGUUCGGGUACCUCCCAUUCGAUCAUUUCACCCUUGCAAACUGGGACACGGCAUCCCCGCUCUCCCAAAAUGAACAGAAAAGAAUUCUUGUCGAGAAAUGGAUCGCGCUAGGAAAAUACGGGCGAAACGACUACGCUCUCGCCACAUUUACAGACCCAAUCAUUGAUCGUAUCCCUGCGGGGGUACCACGCGACCUCCUCUCGGAGGAUGACCGCGCUCUCAGCAGCAUGCUCUCCACCACGCUAUGGAUCCGGACCUGGUUCGGCGAUCCUACAGACAAGACAAGCCAAGAAGCCGCAGACACGGCGUAUGCCCGACUCCGGAAGCAAGUCUUACAGCAGGGCCUCGAAGACUACCAUGUUUCCUGUAUCCCUGAGGAGGUCGUCUUCGAGGACCGGGGAGAACUGAGUGCGGCUGCCCAGCGGAGCCGGGAUGUUGUCGCGGGCGUUGCGGCCGGCCGUCCGGGGUCUGUACCGGAGUAUCUGAUUGCGGCACUGAUGCACUGCCCCGAUCUGUUUGAGGGGAUGUCAGAUGACGACUGGCGGCAUUUAACGGGGGAGGAGCGGGCCGAGGAACUGGCUGAGAGUGAUCGGGCACAGAAUUUGCUAGUUUUUGUUGCAGAUCGGAAGGCUUGUGAGGAGGGCUGGGUGCUGGCCCUGGCAGUGAAUCAUCGGGGGGAGAUUCUUCCAUUUAGGGUGCGUGAGCGGGCCAAGGAGGCGGCGCAGAUUGCAGUGAGUUGGCAGGAGGGACAGCCUUUGUCGGAGAUUGCGGAUGAGGAGGAUGAAGAUGUGGAAUUUUACUUGGGGGAAGGGGAUGGGUGGGAGUAG